GUUCUGCAAGGGACACAGUGACAUGAGAGGCACACCACAGACCCACCUCCUGGCCUUCUCCCUCCUCUGCCUCCUCUCAAAGGUGUGCGCCCAGCUGUGCCCGACACCAUGUACCUGCCCCUGGCCACCGCCCCGAUGCCCACUGGGGGUGCCCCUGGUGCUGGACGGCUGUGGCUGCUGCCGGGUAUGCGCACGGCGGUUGGGGGAGCCUUGCGACCACCUCCACAUCUGUGACACCAGCCAGGGUCUGGUCUGCCAGCUCGGUGAGGGCCCUGCCGGCCGGGGGGCCGUGUGCCUCUUGGGAGAGGACGAUGGGAGCUGUGAGGUGAACGGCCGUCUGUACCGGGACGGGGAGACCUUCCAGCCCCACUGCAGGAUCCGCUGCCGCUGCGAGGACGGCGGCUUCACAUGUGUGCCGCUGUGCAGCGAGGACGUCCGGCUGCCCAGCUGGGACUGCCCCCAGCCCAGGAGGGUCGAGGUCCCGGGCAGGUGCUGCCCCGAGUGGGUUUGCGACCAGGGAAGGGGACUGGGGGUCCAGCCCCUCCCAGCCCAAGGACCUCAGUUUUCUGGCCUUGUUGCUCCCCCGCCCCCUGGUGUCCCCUGCCCAGAAUGGAGCACGGCCUGGGGUCCCUGCUCAACCACCUGUGGGCUGGGCGUGGCCACCCGGGUGUCCAACCAGAACCGCUUCUGCCGACUGGAGACCCAGCGCCGCUUGUGUCUGCCCGGGCCCUGCCCACCCGCCCAGGGCCGUAGCCCACGGAACAGUGCCUUCUAGAGCAGCUGGGACUGGACAUGCCGUACCCACUGUCCCCAGGAGGCGGCUCUGUGCCCGGGCCCUGGGCUGAU